AUGGCAUUCUCUCCCAUGAAUAGAUAUUGGAUUCCGCAUCUUGACAUCCACAAGAAGGUCAUCACCCAGGAGCUCCAAUACUAUCUGGGGCCAGAUGCCACCGUUAGACCGUAUACCAGAGAAGGAGAGGACGGCUUUUUAAUCUCUACACCCGGACCAUGCUUGACAGACGAACAGAUUGACGAUAUCUGCUUGAAAUCAAAGGAGAUGUGGGAGAAGCAGGCAGCAGCGCGCUCGCAAUUGAAUCCCGAGAGGCCGCUCAAGCGCCCAUUACACCAACCAGUGUUGAUAUCAAAUGGAUCCGGAGAGGGCUCAAAACGCCGCGGAAAAGAUCGAAGAAUACGCGUCGUUCACCAUGUCUGGCGUCUGGGCCUGGUUCGGUGGCAGCGCCGCUCAAAGAAAAAGGACAGCCCGAAAAAUGCGAUUCUCGGCCUACGGUCGCAGCUCGAGAUGCUGCAGAAGCGCGAGAAGCAUUUAAUGGCACAGAUGGAAGAGCAGGACGCCCUCGCCCGAAAGAAUGUCAACACGAAUAAGACCGCCGCAAAGGCCGCCUUGCGGAGGAAGAAGGGGCAUGAGCACAGCCUCGAGCAGACGAUAUCGCAAAUUGGGACGUUGGAACAACAAAUCAACGCUAUCGAGUCGGCUAAUAUUAACCGCGAGACUCUUGCCGCAAUGCAGAGAGCAGGCGAAGCGAUGAGCGAUAUCCACGGGAAACUCACACCGGAAAAGGUCGACGAGACUAUGGACAAACUCCGGGUACAGAACGAGCUCAGCGAAGAGAUCGUCGCGGCUAUCACGAGUGCGCACAUCGGCGAGACGAUCGACGAAGAAGAUUUGAACGACGAGCUAGAGGCGAUGAUGCAAGAACAGCUCGACAAGAAGAUGCUCGAAUCAGGCACCGUACCAGUAUCCGAUGCUAUCCAUAGAAUGCCGGCAGUCGGGAACCAAGAGAUCCAAACCAAACCACAAGCCAUUGCAGAGGACGAUGACGAAGCAGAACUACGGAAAUUGCAAGCCGAAAUGGCCAUGUGA